UUGUUAUAAAGUUAUACGCAAAGCGGAAUUCGAAAACACACUUGCUCUAGCUUUUCUUGGUGAAAAGACCUCCGUGUAGACGUUUGGAGCGACCCCUAACUCAGCCUUUUCCUACACUCAUCCAUAGCGAUCAUCAUGCCUUUGGCAAAAGAUUUACUGCACCCCUCUCUGGAGGAAGAGAAGAGAAAAUGCAAACUGAAGCGACUAGUGCAGAGCCCCAACAGCUAUUUCAUGGAUGUAAAAUGCCCUGGCUGCUACAAAAUCACCACAGUGUUUAGCCAUGCCCAGACCGUUGUCCUGUGCGUUGGUUGCUCUACUGUCCUGUGCCAGCCUACUGGUGGCAAAGCCAGAUUAACAGAAGGCUGCUCUUUCAGGAAGAAGCAGCACUGAAGAACUCCUUAUUGACAGCGUAUGUGUGAGCCGAGAUGCGUGCCUGGGGGGGAGGAGUGAGAGACGAACACACUGACAGACAGACGGUAGCCCGACCGGGAACAAGGAAGGAAACGGACGAUGGACAGAAGAGAGAGAGACCACCACCCUGGCUGUUGGAGCCGCAGCACACGCGGAGGGGUUGAGGCUGUUGGGACCCUGUAUGCUUUGUGACGCGUUGAAACAUUUUUUCCCUGUUGAGGAUUGGAGGAAAUAAAUCCAGUCUUAACUUAUAUGCUACCACAA